AUUCCCGACAGGAAGUGUUGUUUUUGCUGCUGCUGGCAGAUGAAGCUGCUGGAGAUUCCUCUGGCACACAAGUACGUGAUAUCAGCUGUUCAAAGGUCGUUUUGACAACUGUCUAAGACGAGAGACAGCGAUACCAACAGGGAAGAGAGUGCAAAGUGCCUUAUGUCCCUGCACGAACCUCGCCAGCCUGAACAUAAGAAGAUGGACCAUGGAGUGGCAGACCUUCCCAGCGGCCCGCUGGAUAUCUACAGGAAAAAAGCCUCCUUCAGCUGGAAAGACAUGCUGCUCUUCAUAGAGGGAGAGGAAAUUCUUGUAUUCAAGCAACAUGUGUUUAAGACGUUGGAGAAUGAUCCUCUGUUCGCCCGUCAGCCCGGUGAAGACAUCCCUAUCGGGAAAAUGAGAGAGCUGACCUUCCUCAGGGUGAAGCAGCUCUUCUGCUACGACUUCACAACAAAAGAAGAGUCCAUGGCCAACCCCUGGAAGAUUGUGGUGCUCAGUGAUUGUCUUGGCAUGUAUGACUGGUCCAUUUCAUCCAAGUUCUUUCUCAACAAAGGGAUGUUUGGAGCGACUAUUGCCAACACAGGUUCAGAGAGACACAGCAAAUAUGUUGAAAGCACUGAAGACAUGACGACGUUUGGAUGCUUUGCACUGACUGAGCUGAGCCACGGGAGCAACACCAGAGCAAUAAGGACCACAGCAACAUAUGACCCCUCCACCCAGGAGUUUGUGAUCAACUCUCCAGACUUUGAGGCUGCCAAGUUCUGGGUUGGGAACCUGGGUAAGACUGCAACCCACGCUGUGGUGUUCGCGCAGCUCUACACACCUGACCAGGUGUGCCACGGCUUGCAUUCCUUCAUUGUCCCGGUGAGAGAUCCCAAGACCUUGCUGGCUCUGCCUGGGGUUCUGGUUGGAGACAUGGGCAAGAAGCUGGGCCAGAACGGACUGGAUAAUGGCUUUGCUUUGUUUAAUAAUGUGAGGAUCCCUCGGGAGAAUCUACUGAAUAAGACUGGAGAUGUUUCUCCUGAUGGCCACUACGUUACGCCAUUCAAGGACCCCAACAAGCGUUUUGGGGCAUCUCUGGGUUCCCUCUCAGGUGGAAGGGUGUCCAUCACCAGGAUGGCUUUGGUCAACCUGAAGCUGGCUCUGGUUGUGGCCAUCCGCUUCUCAGCCACCAGGAGACAGUUUGGACCCAAAGACGCAGAGGAAAUUCCCGUUUUAGAGUACCAGUUACAGCAAUGGCGUCUGAUCCCAUACCUGGCAGCAGCAUAUGCUCUUGAACACUUCACUAAAUCCAUCUUCAUGAACUUUGUUGAGUUCCAGAUUGGAGAGAUGAUGAGGGACACUGGUGAAAGACAAGCAGAGAUGGGCAGGGAGAUCCAUGCCAUAGGCUGCUCUAGUAAACCACUGGGCUCGUGGACCGCUCAGAAGGGGAUCCAGGAGUGCAGGGAGGCCUGUGGUGGUCAUGGAUACCUGGCCAUGAACCGGCUGGGCGAUCUGCGUAAUGACAAUGAUCCAAACUGCACAUAUGAAGGAGACAACAACGUUUUGCUGCAACAGACCAGCAACUACCUGCUCAGCUGGCUCCACGCAAAACACCACUAUGGUGCGCGGAUUGAGUCUCCCCUUCACACUGUGGAUUUCCUAGAUGAUUUACACAAUAUCCUGGAAAGCAAGUUUGCAGCAACAACGUUGGUCGAGUGUAUGGACUCUGCAGUGGCGCUGGCAGCGUAUAAGUGGCUGGUGUGUUUCCUGCUGGAGGAGAGCCAGAAGUGCCUGGAACAGCAGAGGCUCUCUGGAAAGGAUAAGUUUGAGGCCCAUAACAACAGCCAGGUUUAUUUCUGCCGUUCCCUGGCCAUUGCCUACAUUGAACACAACUGCCUCCAAAGGUUCCAUGAGCUGACUACAGAUCAGGACACACCAGCUGGUCUCAGACCUGUACUAAGCAAGCUAUGUUCCCUGUACGGGCUGUGGAGCCUCAGCAGCCACAUGGCCACACUGUACCAGGGCAGUUACUUCAUAGGGGGAAAGCCUGCAAAGUUGGUCCAGAUGGCCAUUCUGACUCUCUGCUCCCAGCUGAAGGAUGAUGCAGUAACACUGGUGGAUGUUUUGGCCCCUCCUGACUUCAUUCUCAACUCACCUAUUGGCAGUGCUGAUGGACAGAUUUACAAGAACCUGUGGUCGGCCGUGAUGCAGGGCAACCAGGUGCUGGAACGGCCAUCCUGGUGGAAAGAGUUCUCCUCAGACAAGCCUAUGGUCGGAUCCCUCCGUCCAAAACUCUAGAACCCAGACACACUCUGGACAUGUGUGUGCCUUUAAAAAAGUCCAACUGCGUAAUUACAAAUGUAAUGUCCAUAUGUACACUGCUGUUUGCCAAAGACCACAUUGACAUACAAUGCUGCACCUGUCAGUUAAGGUACAAAAUGUUUACAUGAGUACCCUGUGUAAUAUAUAGGGAAUAGUAAAUGAGUCAUUUUGAAAAAUUCAGAAAUCCUACAAUUCUUAGAAUCCUCCAAAUCAUGUACACUUGAGUCUGGAUGACCUGGAUGACCUGAAUUACGUGUCAAGUCUUCACUUUUGAAAACAAAAUCAGUCCCCAGGAGGGAGACAUUUUCUGUUUUGUAUUUUGAGGUUUCAAUCUAAAUCUUUAACAAUCUUAUCAUUCCAUUUUAAACUGCGGUAACAAAAAGUAGUAAUGCUGUGUCACUGUUCCAUCAUUGGCUGACAGCUGACAUUAUCUGACCAAAGAACGGCUCAGACUCGACACAAAAACUUACACAGACUUUAGACCACAACUCACAUUAAACUCAUCUCUCUUGAAUGAACUACUAAACAAACCUCAGCUGGGGAAAAGUGUACUGUGAACAGUUUGCAGCUGAAGCUGACGAGCGAAUUGUUACUUAUGUAACAUUUGGUUGUUUUUUUUGGGCCAGUGGUCAUCUAGAUGCUGUUCCUGUGAGCUUGGUUACAAGUGCAAGCUUGUUUACAUGGUCCUUCUAUGUCCCCUGACGUCUCAGCUGUCAAUCAAAGAUGUACAGUAGCAUGCCCACUCAGAGGCUUGGAGACUGAAGGAGCAUCUCUGAUACACCUUCAAAUACCCUUAUUCUUCCUUUCAAAAGUACAUUAAAGUAAAAGAAUAUUAAUAAUUCAUUUGAAAAUCAUUUAACAUUUUUUGUCACACAAGUGAUAACUUUUGUUAUUUCUGUUGGACAUAAUCUUUUUUCAGUAUUUCACCACACUUCAGUGGUUACAUAAUUGAUUUUAAAAUGAUAUAUUGAUUAAAACAUUUGUAUGAUUGUACAAAAAAAUGUGAGGAACACCAAAGUCACACAUGCUUUCAGCUCUAAUAAAAAAUAGUGUGUUGGUGUGUGUGUGAGUGAGAGAGUGAGGGACUUUGGUGUUACAGUGGGGGAACUUUGUGUUUCAGACACAGAUUUCUGGUUUCUUUAUCAUAUUGUCUGAAAUAUAACACCCUUAUGUGCUCACAUUUUUUCAACAUCAUUGUUACUCUUAUUUGAGUCAAUAUAAAUAUAUAAAGCAAAAUAUAGAUUUAGACAUAGUUGACUGAUGUGAAAUGUACUAUAUGGGAUGGGAAUAUUUUAAUGAAUCUGUAAAUUGUUUUACUGUAGAUUACAUACAAUACCAUAUAACCCUGUAAAGAAUGAUCACAGUCCUUGUUAUACAGUGUCUUGAUGUAUACAUUCAAAUUAAAUACAUUUACUAAUACAA